UUCAUUUUUCUUCUCAUGUAAAUAACCAAACAAAUAAAUCAACAUAUCCAAUGAUUAUCAAUAUCAUGGCUUCUAUAAUGAGAAUCAUUAUACAUCGUGUACAAACAAUUUUUCCAUCAUCAUCAUUAUCGUUGAAAAAAUUUGUAAAAAUUGGCCAUAUAAUGGAUGAAUUUUUCAAAUAUCUGAAAUAUUACAUAUUUCGUUUGGAAUAUUCAAUAGAUGAUUAUCAAAAUCGCAGAAUUAAAUGGACAUAUCAGACAUUUCGUCGUUCAAUAUGGUUUACAUUGAGUUUUUGGUUGAAUAUCGUGUGCAUUUCUCAUUUUGUCAUCUAUCCAACCAGAAUUGAAUUGAAAGUAUUGCAAAAUUUUGAAUCAGAAUUCCAUUUACAAAGAUCAGAUCUUGUUUUUUCACACUUGUUAUUCGCAUUUACGGUGCUUGAAUAUUUAUGGUUUCAUUUAUUUCGCGAAAUUUUAACAUAUAAAUUUAAAGCUAACAAAUUAAUAAUGAAAUAUAGUCGUUUCAAUGAUGAUGAAUUGGAGCCAGAAUAUCGUGGUUAUUUGUCACGUUUUGUUCAAAUUGGCAAUCUGGCAUCAAAUGUAUUGAAUGUUGUCAUUUUCAUUGUCUUGGUCAAAAUUUAUCUAUUAAUCAUUUAUCGUUUUCAUUCAUUCUAUCAAAAUGAUGAAAUAUCAAUGUUUGUUAUGAUCAUUUUCAUCAUAGUAAUCACGAAUUCAUUUCAUCGUAUGCACUAUUUAAACGGUCAAUUAUUCGGUGUAAUGCGGUAUUUAUUAUAUUUUAUUGAAUUGUUAAAAUUGCAAAUGAAAAGAAUGAUUUCGCAAUUACGACAAUCUUGUUGUGGUAAAUUCUCAUCGAUCAAUUAUCGAUUAUUUUGGCCAAUGUUCACGAAAGAAUAUGUUCAACUUUAUUAUGAAGUGGCCAUAUUCAAUCAAACUGUUAGUAGCAUCUUCUGGAUAUUGAAAUCAUAUCGAAAUCUGCAAUUAUAUUCUGCAUAUUGUUUUACAGCAAACAAAUUCAGAUGAAUGUAUACAAUACAAUAAUGGUAAUAUUUUUUGUGGCACCAUUCAUCUAUACAAAUGGAUUGUAUUCACGAGUGGCUCAAUUUCCACAUUUCAAUCAGCUUGGUAGCCGUAUAAUAAUGCAA